GCACAAACUGGGUAGGUCAAAUCUUAGGUGAUCUGGUAGCCAUAUUUGAAAAGAAAACACAGAAUGAAGCAAGCAGUGUGAAUAAUGAAGAGCUAGAAGAAUUUCCCUACCUUGAACUUGGAGAUACUGGGAAAUACGAGCGAAUGAAAAAAUUACCUUCUCCAAGACUUAUAUGUACUCAUCUCCUGCCUGAAAAUCUUCCCCAGUCCAUCUUCAAAAAUAAAGCCAAGAUUUUGUUGCUGAUUCGCAAUCCCAAAGAUGUAGCUGUAUCUUUUUAUCAUUUUUCCAAUGUCAUGUCUCCUCUUCCCUCCUAUGAGACCUGGGAUGAUUUCUUCGUAGCUUUCAUGUCAAAGAAAAUGCCCUGGGGAUGCUACUUUGAAUACCUUACUGCAUGGAACAAAUAUGCUGAUGAUGAAAAUGUUAUGACAAUAACUUAUGAAGAGCUAAAAGAGAAUCCAGUCCUGGGUGUGAAAAAUAUAGCUGCAUUCUUUGGGAUUUCCCUGACUGAAAAAGAGCUUCAGAACGUGGUAGAGAGGAGCAGUUUCCAGUCAAUGAAGAAGAACUCACAGAAGACCCAUGGGGCGUUUGGCAAUAUUCUCUUUCGCAAAGGUGGUGUAAGUGACUGGAAGAAUCUUUUCAGUGAAGACCAGAAUAAGAUUAUGGACAAAGCAUUUGAAGAACGUAUGGGAGGAACUAAACUGGGAACAAAGUUGAAGUAUGAAAUGUACUGUAAAGCCUGA